AUGUUCUACACUGCAGUGCUACCUGUUAUCAUCCUUGUCAUCACCCAGGCCUGCGGCCAGCACGAUUUGCUCACAUCCGACCCCGAUUUCAACUCUCUACUUCGACCACGAUUGUCGAUAUCAACGGAACGAGAUCCAGAAGCAAUUCCGCAAUCAAAAAAAAGUUGGCAAUUGAAACGUUUCACCUACAAAACGGUUAACGGAACGACAACUGUCACGGAUGGCCAGGGACAAAAUGUUCCUGAUGGUGGCCCAUUCCGCGUCACCUUGGGUUGA